CAACGUUUGAGCACAAACGCCCUGAGGGACGCAGAAACCCCACAAGCUGAUGCUUGAGGCCUGGGCUUCCUAGGCAGAGGGACAGGCCAAGACUGAACAGCGGGCAAUGGACCCGGGCAAUACGAAAGAAAAAGAGGAAAAGGGGGAAGAUGAGGAGGGGGGAGUGGAAGAUGGGGAAGAGGAGGAGGAAAUCACUGCCUCCACACUGCGGGGCAAGCCCCGAUCUCUGCCCAUCUCAGCGGUGCCAGCUUUCAGCUACAUCCCGCCUCGGCACCAGGAACCCAAGGAGCUCAGAUACUUCAGCCGCGAGAGCCAGACAGGGGUCAUUUCCCUCUACGACUGUGUUUUUAAGAGGAGACUAGAUUAUAACCAGAAAUUACAUCGAGACGAUAGAGAACAUGCCAAAAACCUGGGACUUCAUAUUAAUGAGGAGGAACAGGAAAGGACCGUGCCGGUGCUGAUGUCCUCUGUGUAUGGGAAACGCAUCAAUCAGCCCAUCGAGCCCCUGAACAGAGACUAUGGCCGUGUGAACCACGUGCAGACCGACUUCUACAGGAAGAACGACAUCCCCAGCAUCAAGGAGCCUGGCUUUGGGCACAUCACUCCAGCCUGAAGCCGUCUCGCGGUUUAUAGGGCACGUUGAGGUGCGCUGGCCAGGGAGUGCCCUCCGAACUCACUUUCAUAUCCAUGUUCUCUACAGCUGCAGGGAUGCACUCUGACCACAGCAGGGGGGGGGGUGCGCACAUAACUAUCUAAGGGGGCUUGGGCACCGCACUUUCCCUCAUGCUCAAAAACUCAGUGUAAGGACUGUCAUUGGGUUUAUUUAAAAUGACACCAUACCAGUUCAUUCUGAACACCUGAAUAAAAGGAAAGCUU